GCCCGUCCGUCCGUGCGUCCUCGCGCGCGCGCGCGUGCGGCCCCCGUCCGGCCCGAGCAUGGCCGGCGUCAGCUUCAGCGGCCACCGCCUGGAGCUGCUGGCGGCGUACGAGGAGGUGAUCCGGGAGGAGAGCGCGGCCGACUGGGCUCUGUACACUUACGAAGAUGGCUCCGAUGACCUCAAGCUUGCAGCCUCCGGAGAAGGGGGCUUGCAAGAACUUUCCGGCCACUUCGAGAACCAGAAGGUGAUGUACGGUUUCUGCAGCGUCAAGGACUCUAAAGCUGCCCUGCCAAAAUAUGUGCUCAUCAACUGGGUGGGUGAAGACGUGCCUGAUGCCCGGAAAUGUGCUUGUGCCAGCCACGUGGCUAAGGUGGCUGAGUUCUUUCAGGGCGUGGACGUCAUCGUUAAUGCCAGCAGCGUGGAAGACAUCGAUGCAGGCACCAUCGGACAGCGGCUCUCCAACGGGCUGGCCCGGCUCUCCAGCCCGGUGCUACACCGACUGCGGCUUCGGGAGGAUGAGAAUGCUGAGCCGGUGGGCACCACCUAUCAGAAGACUGAUGCCGCCGUGGAAAUGAAGCGGAUUAACCGGGAGCAGUUCUGGGAGCAAGCCAAGAAAGAGGAGGAGCUGAGGAAGGAGGAGGAGCGGAAGAAGGCCCUGGACGCCAGGCUGAGGUUCGAGCAGGAGCGGAUGGAGCAGGAGCGGCAGGAGCAGGAAGAGCGGGAGCGGCGCUAUCGUGAGAGAGAGCAGCAGAUUGAGGAGCACAGGAGGAAGCAGCAGACUCUAGAAGCUGAAGAGGCCAAGAGGCGGUUGAAGGAGCAGUCGAUCUUUGGUGACCAGCGGGAUGAGGAGGAAGAGACCCAGAUGAAGAAGUCUGAAUCGGAGGUGGAGGAGGCGGCUGCCAUCAUCGCCCAGCGCCCUGACAACCCUCGGGAGUUCUUCAAACAGCAAGAGCGAGUGGCCUCGGCUUCGGGCGGCAGCUGCGAUGCACCCACACCCUUCAACCAUCGACCAGGCAGUCACCUGGACAGCCACCGCAGGAUGGCACCCACCCCCAUCUCCACCCGGAGCCCCUCGGACUCCAGCACGGCCUCCACCCCUGUCACUGAGCAGAUCGAACGCGCCCUGGAUGAGGUCACAGCUUCUCAGCCUCCACCACUGCCUCCACCGCUCCCACCAGCUCAGGUGACAGAUACCCAGGAGCCCAGCCCUAGCCUGGACCACGAAGAGACCAGCAAGGAGGCCCGAGCAGCCCCAGCCGCCGCCGCCAUCCCCCCCCAGGCCUGGGCCGGCCCCGUGGAGGAGCCCGCGCGGGCGCAGGAGCCUCCCCCAGGGCGAGGAAGCCCCUUGGAGGACUCGAUGUUCUCCGAGCCUCCAGAGCCCCCCGUCCGGGCCGCCCCAGAGGAGCCUGCCCCUGCCGACGCCGCUGCGGCCGACGCCUGUACCGCUCACACCACUGACCCCGACACUGCCACCGCCGUUGCCAACACCCCCGCCCCGGCCAGCCUCAUUGACCUAUGGCCUGGCAACGGGGAGGAGGCCGCAGCACCCCAGGCUGAGCCUAGGGCCCCCACACCGCCCUCGGGUGCUCAGGUCCCCCCGGCCCAGGUGCCUCUGCUGGACGAGGCGGCCCGGGAGCCGCUGCCGCCGGCCAGCGAGGGCUGUGCCAACCUCCUCAACUUCGAUGAGCUGCCUGAGCCGCCCGCCACCUUCUGCGACCCGGAGGAGGAGGAGGAGGCGGUGGAAGGGGAGCCCCUGGCCGCCCCCCAGACCCCAGCUCUGCCCUCCGCUCUGGGGGAGGUGGAGCAGGAGGCGGAGCCGGAGCUGGAGCCGGAACCCCACCUGCUGACCAAUGGCGAGACCACCCAGAAGGAGGGGACGCAGCAGGCCAGUGAAGGGUACUUCAGUCAAUCACAGGAGGAGGAAUUUGCCCAAUCGGAAGAGCUGUGCGCCAAGGCUCCGCCCCCUGUGUUCUACAACAAGCCUCCAGAGAUCGACAUCACUUGCUGGGACGCCGACCCGGUGCCGGAGGAGGAGGAGGGCUUCGAGGGGGGCGAUUAGCGGCGGCGGCGCCCUCCGGCUGCCCUCGCCACGGCCGCCCGCGCCGGCGCCGGCCCCGGCCAGACGGCCCCCG